AUGCUAUACGCGUACAGUUUCACGGUUUAUUAUCGUCUCUCGAUAAGUCUACCGUUUCAUCAGGUGAAAUACUUCAACAAAUUUGUCUGGCUUGCCUACCCAUUUGCCUAUGCAACGGGGCCGAUCGUUUUCAUCGUGAACGCCAUCAACUAUUUUGACGACAUUAAGGAUACGACUAGACGUUAUGUAAGUUACUUAUCUACACCGACGAGAGACUGGCUCCAC